AUGGUAGACCAGAUCUCCCCCCGGGCAUCGCCCGGACCGAUGCGUUCCUCCCAGACUCGCCGCGCCCGAAAGCUCCGGGAUAGCUGUACGAGUUGUGCCAGUUCUAAGGUGCGAUGUACCAAAGAAAAGCCGGCCUGUGCUCGGUGUAUCGAACGUGGUCUUGCCUGUCAAUACAUGGUCUCUAAGCGGAUGGGCCGCAAUCCGCGCGCUCCCAGUCCCCUUGAGCCAACUCGGCGGCCAUCAGAGAGUCUUCCGUCCGCCGGGUCGGAACAGGGACAUUCGGUCCAUAAUACGUAUUCUACUCCUCAUGUUCAUUCUCAUUCUCAUCCGCAACCGCAUCCACCACCUCCGCCUCAAUCGGAUCAACCACCACACGCUCUGCCCACCCCCAAUGGUAGCGGUAGCGUCUCAGCCAUCUUUUCCCAUCAGAGCCCCCCGCUACCCUUGGAGGCCCAGGGGCUGGGGGGAGAGUUGUCUGGUCAGGAGCAAGGCACCCUGUCUUCGCUAACGGUCGAUUCGGAAUUUGGGGACUCUUUGCAUUCCAUCGAUCACGGAAACCAUGCCGAUUUCUUGGCGGAGCCGACGGGGAGUCUUUUCGACGCCUUCUUGGAAGUGGGGACUCCCAUGAUCGACCCGUUCCUCGAGUCGGCACCAGUACCGCCGUUUGAAACGCGCUAUUGCUGCUUUUCGCUGGCACUACAAACGCUGACCCACCUCUUCCCCCACGCCCCGCUGGGCUGUCAGCUACGGCUGACGGGUGGCGAGGAUAGCUCGUGCAACCUGACGACGAUCGACAUGGUCCUCUCGGGGAACAAGAAGGCGACCGAUGUGGUCCGGAACAUCCUCGGGUGUUCGUGUGCGCAGGACGGCUACUUGCUGAGCAUGGUUGUCCUUAUCGUCCUCAAGGUGCUGGCGUGGUAUGCUGCCGCAGCCGGCACUCAGUGCCCCUCGGCGGCGGUGGGUGGAAAUAACAGCAGCGACAGCAGCGGUAGCAGCCGGAGCAGCAGCAGCAGUAGCAACACUCCCACCACCGUUUCCGAAGAGCGCGUGCUGCAUGUACCUAGUCUGGUGGGCGGGCAUUGUGUGGAUGAGGAAGACCAGCCGCGAGUCGCGGCACAGCUCGUUCUGAGCGAACUGCACCGAGUCCAAUCGCUGGUGAAUCUAUUGGCCAAGCGCCUGCAAGAAGGCGGAGACGACGCAGCAGGGAUGCCGGCGCACCAUCCAGCGUCCCCUUUCUCCCUCCUCGGGUUUAGUGGGCUCGAGGCGAAUCUCCGCCACCGCUUGCGCGCCGUGUCCUCAAACAUUAUUAAUUUCCUGCAGCAAGAAUGA